AUGUUCCGCGUGAAGGCAGUGCCACUGGUACCCGGCUCGGUGACAAUUCCUAACGAGUUCUCCAAGCGAGAAGAUCUUCUUCCUGCAACAAUCAUCGAACCACUCAAUCCUGGAAGCUGUCCCAGCCCUCCAACCUCUCGGCUAGUUGAUCUCAUUGAAGACCUUGAUAUCAUGUAUUCCCGCGCGGCGCACUCUUUUUCCAGGGCGCCAUCGUUGGAAGAGGAAGGCACUGGGGAUGAUUUGGGACGAUACUUCCCGCGGCGACAGCAAGGAAUAGAGAUCUCUGAAUCUGAGUUUGAGCUUGAAGAUGAGGACGAAGAAUAUGAGGACGGGACUGAGGAGCGAAGACCUUCAAAAUAUGAUGUGAAACCACCUGCGAGACUCUCAGUCCAACCUCGAGACGCGACAGCUUCCACGCAUUCCACUCCCCGAUCCGUCUAUAGAAGUUCUAAAAUACAGCACUCGCAGCAAGCGACUCCUACUGGCGCAAGAUCUCCGAUCUCUACACCCCGCCGCUCAGAAGCAUCUCGAUUCCGUGGUAGCGGUCGGAGUCUUCCGUCUCGAGCACCACCGACACCAGAGUUCUCUCUUCCCGAGGACAUCGUCGCUGCUGCAAAGGAUGACCUUUAUGACGAGAACAAUGCAGAGGAUACUAAAGGAUCCGCCUUUGUCGAACGAAAUCUUCGAAAGAGAACUCUUCAACAGACAAAGCCUGACAAAUUCGACAAGCACCGAUAUAACCUAUCCCGGAAGACUGGCCAUGAGGCUAACCCCAAAAAGGUGGAGAAGGCAAUCCAAGAUGAGAUCGGAGUGAGGGAACACAAACAAACCAAGAAGAAACCUCGAGGAUCAAGUAGGAACUCGACCAAAAGCAAAGCCAAAACUUCGACCCCGAGGGAGCAGACUGCGGACAAACGCCGUCUAUCUAACUCAGCCGGUUCAGUCUCCCCUUCACCAGAGACUGAUAGCGAGCAUGUCUUCGACCCGGCGAGGACCACGCUGCGCGUGUGUUUGGACGGCUUUCAUGGUGGCGCAGCGAUCCCAAUUCCCCUCAACGAAUGUGACAGCAAUGACAAGCGGGUCGAUUCCAUUCUCAAGUUCUGGGGGUGGAAGUUCACUGGGACCGGCUUCUCUUACGCAAUCGUGUCGUUUCCGUGGUUGACCGAGCAAUCCAACAUUCUACUUCGCCCUGGAUUGCCCGAGAGCUUCAAGGGCAUGAGGGCCGAGAUUGAAAAUGCACCUAUCCGGGCCGAAGGGCGACAUGAGAGAUGUGACGUUCAGGUGACGGUUUACCAGCAACAAUGA